CUUAUUUAUAUCGGAUCCGUGAACAACCUGAGAGGAGAUCACAUUCAAAUGUUCCCAGAUUAAUUUGUUCAAGAAUUUGAUGGCAACCGCAAUUUCCUCCAUUUUCAGACCAACAGUGAACGUACCCGGGAAUGUAGGCUUAAAGCAAGAAGCAGAUGUGAGGACUUUGAAUUCAGUGCAGCCUGCAGAUCUAAUGGCAGCAGAGACUGUUCAGUCAUUCCUAGAAGUCAAGCAAAAAAUGGUGAGAGGGACACUUGAUCAUCACCAAACCACAUAUAGAAGUGUAGCAGAAAGUGUCCAUUUAGUCCCAGAAGAUAUGAUCAAGCAAGUAGCAGAGAGAGGGGCAUCAAAUCUUCUCGGAACAAUGGAUAGGAGUGCAGCAGAAAGUGUCCAUUUAGUCCCAGAAGAUAUGAUCAAGCAAGUAGCAGAGAGAGGGGCAUCAAAUCCUCUCAGAACAACGGAUAGGAGUGCAGCAGAAGGUUUUCAGUCAGUCUCAGAAGAUAGGAUCAAGCAAGAAGUUCAGAGUAGGACCUUGAGUUCACUGCAUUUUACAGAUAUGUGCAUAGAAACAGCCCUAGGACAUACUUACAAGCAAGAAAUGGAAAGUAAGACCUCCAAAUCUUCAUCAGUCCCAGAACACAUUAUGCAAAAAGCAGAGAGUUGGACCUUACAUACUUCGCCACCUCCAGAGGAAACUAUUCAAUUUGUUGAAGGAGUUCUCAUCAAGCAAGAGGUUGAUAGCAAUGCCGUUCAUUACCUGUCACCCAUGAAUGAAUUCAUUCCAUCAGUCAUAGAAGUUCUCAUCAAGGAAGAAUCAGAGGCCUUUUUAACAGUUGGAGAGGAAAUCCAUCAGUUACCCCUCAAAACCAACAUCAAGCAAGAACCUACAGGAGAAAGUGUAGAGGAAGGUGUUCCAUCAAGUCUAGAAGGUGAAAUUGUUGACAACGGACAAGACACGGUAGAAAGUGGAAUGUCAUUCAACAGUGGAGGUAAAUCUCAUCUUUGUUCACAUUGCGGCAAGGUGUUUUCCACAACAGAUCAACCCGACAUUUAUAUGAGGAUACAUUCUGGAGAAAAGCUACAUCAGUGUCCAUGUUGCAGUAAGAGAUCAUGUCAGGCCAGUCAUCCUCUUCUCCACUUGAGAUCACAUGCAGGAGAAAAGCCAUAUGAAUGUUCGCACUGUAAGAAAAGGUUUUCUCUGAAAAGCAAUCUCACCCAACACCUAAAAACACACACAGAAGAAAAGCCAUAUGAAUGUUCACACUGUAAGAAAGGAUUUUCUCAGAAAAGUAUACUUGAUCGUCAUAUACUAAUACAUACAGGAGAAAAGCUGCAUGAAUGUUCGCACUGUAAGAAAGGGUUUUCUCUGAAAAGCAAUCUCACCCAACACUUAAAAACACACACAGAAGAAAAGCCAUAUGAGUGUUCACACUGUAAAAAAGGAUUUUCUAGGAAAAGCUAUCUUAACCAACACCUCCUCUUACACACAGGAGAAAAGCCAUAUGAAUGUUGCUAUUGUAAGAAAGGUUUCUCUCAGAAAAGCCUCCUCAAUCGUCAUCUUCUAACACAUACAGGAGAAAAGCCAUUUGAAUGCUCCCAAUGUGAGAAAAGAUUUUUUGGGAAAAAUACUCUUAAGCGUCAUCUCCGAACACAUACAAGAGAAAAGCCAUAUGAAUGUUGCUAUUGUACGAAAGAGUUUCCUCAGAAAAGUGCACUCAAUAUACAUUUACUAACACAUACAGGAGAAAAGCCAUAUGAAUGUUGCUACUGUAAGAAAGGGUUUUCUAAGAAAAGUGCUCUCACCCAUCACCUCCGAACACACACAGGAGAAAAGCCAUAUGAAUGUUUACACUGUAAUAAAAGGUUUUCUAGGAAAGAUGCACUUAAUUGUCAUAUACGACGGCAUACAGGAGAAACGCCAUAUGAAUGUUGCCAUUGUAAGAAAGGAUUUCCUCAGAAAAGUGCCCUCAAUUCUCAUAUACUAACACAUACAGGAGAAAAGCCAUAUGAAUGCUCACAUUGUAAGAAAAGAUUUUCUCGGAAAAGCAAUCUUAAAAAACACCUCCUCUUACACACAGGAGAAAUGCCAUAUGAAUGUUCCUAUUGUAAGAAAGGAUUUCCUCAUAAAAGUGCCCUCAAUUGUCAUAUACUAACACAUACAGGAGAAAAGCCAUUUGAAUGUUCACACUGCAAGAAAGGAUUUUCUCGGAAAAUCAAUCUCACCCAACACCUACUCUUACACACAGGAGAAAAGCCAUAUGAAUGUUCAUACUGUAAGAAAGUAUUUUCUAGGAAAUACCACCUUAAACAACACCUCCUCUUACACGAAGGGGAAAAGACAUAUGAAUGUUGCUAUUGUAAGAAAGGGUUUUAUCAGAAAAAUACACUUAAAUGUCAUAUACUAACGCAUACAGGAGAAAAGCCAUAUGAAUGUUGCUAUUGUAAGAAAGGAUUUCCUCAGAAAAGUGCCCUCAAUCGUCAUAUACUAACACACACAGGAGAGAAGAAAUAUGAAUGUUCACAUUGUAAGAAAAGAUUUUGUCUGAAGAGUAAUCUUAACCAACACCUCCUUUUACACACAGGAGAAAAGCCACAUGAAUGUUCCUAUUGUGAGAAAGGGUUUUCUCGGAAGAGUGCUCUUAACCUUCAUCUUCAAACACAUACACGAGAAAAGCCCUAUGAAUGUUGCUAUUGUACGGAAAGGUUUUCUCAGAGAAGUGAGCACAAUUUUCAUCUCCGAACACACACAGGAGAGAAGACAUAUGAAUGUUCAUACUGCAAGAAAGGAUUUUGUCAGAAGGGUACUUUUAACCAACACCUCCUCUUACACAAAGAAGAAAAGCCAUAUGAAUGUUGCUAUUGUAAGAAAGGGUUUUCUCGGAAGAGGGGUCUUAACGAACACCUCCUCUUACACAAUGGAGUAAAACCAUAUGUAUGUUGCUAUUGUACGAAAGGGUUUUCUUAUAUGAGUAGUUUUAACCGUCAUCUUCGAACACAUACACAAGAAAAGCCAUAGGAAUGUUACUAUUGUAAGAAAGGCUUUUCUCUGAAAAGUGAACUCAAUCGUCAUCUCCGCACACAUAGAAAAGCCAUAUGAAUGUUGCUAUUGUAAAAAAGGAUUUUCUCAGAAAAGUGUCAUAUAUUUAUACAACACCUAAGAUUCUUGAAACCUCAUUGGUCAAUUCUUAAUCACAUUACAUGCGGUAAAAGUAAUGUUGAACGGCAUCAUUCUCCAGGCGUGCAAUUCUGUAUGAUCGAUUUGCACCAUUGCACUGAUGUACAUGUACAAAGUAUAUUGUGAGGUGUAAGUGACUUCACUGUGCAAUGGAACAAAUUGAUCGAACAAAUUACCCUCUGACGUCACAAUAAACAAAGCAUGGUACAACCAUGGUUUGCUGCCUGCUUAAUAAUAGUGCACACUUACAAUCAGCAAUUUCAUCAAUUAAAAAAACAAAAAAACUCUGAGAUUUAGGCCUAGGAAAACUGUUCUUUAAAAAAAAAAUUGUUUUAAGCCUCUUAACAUCCAAGGUGUUGUUGACAACAGCAACAACAACAGCCUAACAGCAGGCAUUCAAAAACUCGUCUAUUCCAUUAAUACGGCGUACU